AUCAAAAGCUCCUAAAUAAUAUAAUAAUAGAUGAGCCAUGAACACAUUCAAAAUGCAAUCUUUUAUUUACGUUUCUGUUUUGUUGCCAUAUAUGAAUUUUGUUUUUGAUAUACAAUUCAAUUUAUUAUUUUGUAGAAUUGACUUGAAAAUAUGCUGAAUUAAAUAGGUUAGAUAUACAAUAAUUCCACAAUCUGUAAUAAUAACGUUUCAGUACAAAUUUCAGCUUGAUAAUUUCACAUUAUUAAUUAUUAAAAACCAUUCAAUCACAUAUUCAUCUACUACAUCAAUUGCGUGAAAAAAUCAUUGUUUUUGCCUCUUCUUCUGUUUCAUGGUUUAACUAUGUUGUUUGUUUUGUCUUCCACCUCACUGAUCAUGAAACUUGACACUGAUUUUCUUUUAAAACCCAUUUUCCUACAUGGGUUAUCUAGCAUACUUCAUGUACUAUUGCUUGUGGCUCUUUUAGUCUCAUGGGUUUGGAAAAAAACUACAACUUGUGUUGUGAUCAAUAAUGAUUUUAAGGAGACACCCAACAACACUUGGUUUAAAGUGACAAAGUUUUCUUGUAUUGGUUUUUCUUCUUUCAAUUUUCUUUUGUUUAUCUUUAAUUACUUUUAUUGGUCAGAAGAAAAUGUUGUUACCCUUUUUGAUUUAGCUCUCAAAACAGUUACUUGGUGUGUUGUUUUUGUAUGUUUACAUAAAGGAUUCUCCUUUUUCUUCAGUUCAGGUCAAAGAAAAAGAACAACGUUUUCAUUCUUCUUUAGAGCUUGGUGUGUUUUUUAUCUCUUUGUUUCUUGUUAUUGCUUUGUGAUCGACAUUGUUGUUUUGUAUGAAAAUCAUAUUGAGUUAAGGAUUCAAUGCAUGGUUUCUGUUGUGGUAUCCUUUUGUGUUGGUUUGUUCUUCUGUUAUGUGGGAUAUUGUGUGAAAAAUGAGACUGAAGAAGAAGGUGAUACAACUCUUCAAGAACCUCUUUUGAAUGGUAAUGAGACUAAAGGGAGUGACACUGUUACUCCCUUUUCAAAUGCUACAAUUCUAAGCCUUCUCACCUUCACUUGGGUCGGUCCACUCAUUGCAUUUGGCAAUAAGAAGACCAUUGACCUUGAAGAUGUUCCUCAGCUAGAUAGUGGUUAUAGUGUGGUUGGAGCUUUUCCAACUUUCAGAGACAAAGUUGAAGCUGAUUGUGGUGCAAUCAAUAGAUUAACAACAAUGAAGUUGGUUAAGUCAUUGAUAAUCUCAGGGUGGAAAGAGAUUCUUAUCACUGCUUUUCUUGCAUUGGCAGACACUUGUGCUUCUUAUGUUGGUCCUUAUCUUAUUGAGUCUUUUGUUCAAUACCUUGAUGGAAAAAGGCUAUAUGAGAAUCAAGGCUAUGUUAUGGUUUCUGCUUUUAUAUUUUCAAAGCUCGUAGAAUGCUUCGCAAAAAGACAUUGGUUCUUUAGGUUGAAGCUACUCGGAAUUCGAAUCCGAGCACUGCUUGUAACUAUGAUAUAUGAUAAAGCCUUAACACUUUCAUGUCAAUCAAGGCAGUGUCACACUUCUGGAGAAAUAAUCAAUUUCAUUACCGUUGAUGUCGAAAGAGUUAGUAAUUUCAGUUGGUACAUGCAUGAGUUGUGGAUAUUAGCUUUGAAAGUUACAUUGGCAUUGUUGAUUUUGUAUAAAAACCUUGGGCUUGCUUCAGUCGCUGCUUUUUUUACAACCAUCAUUGUUAUGUUGGCAAAUAUUCCAUUUGGAUCAUUACAAGAGAAGUUUCAAAAUAAGUUGAUGGAGUCAAAGGAUACUAGAAUGAAGAGCACAUCUGAAACUUUAAGGAACAUGAGGAUCCUCAAACUACAAGGAUGGGAAAUGAAGUUUCUAUCGAAAAUAAUUGAGCUCAGGAAUGCCGAACAAGGCUGGUUAAAAAAAAUUCUUUUUACCAAAGCCAUCGCUACAUUUUUCUUUGAGAGUUCAGAUACGCUUGUAUGUGUGGUUACAUUUGGUACUUGUAUGCUCAUAGGGAUCCCACUUGAAUCAGGGAAGAUUCUGUCAGCACUUGCAACACUCGGGAUUCUUACUGGGCCUAUUUAUAAUCUUCCGGAUGUAAUUUCAGCGAUAGCACAAACUAAAGUUUCCCUUGAUAGGAUCACGUCCUUCCUUCGUCUUGAUGACUUGCAGUUUGAUGUUGUCGAAAAGCUUCCUGUAGGAAGUUCUGAUACUUCAAUUGAAAUGGUUGAUGGGAAUUUUUCUUGGGAUUUAUCUUCACCUACUCCAACUUUGCAGAACAUAAACCUCAAAGUUUUUCAUGGCAUGAAGGUUGCUGUUUGCGGUACUGUUGGAUCGGGCAAGUCUACUUUACUUUCAUGUGUAUUGGGAGAAGUACCAAAGAUAUCAGGUAUCCUUAAAGUUUGUGGGAAAAAGGCCUAUGUUGCUCAAUCACCAUGGAUUCAAAGUGGCAAGAUAGAGGAUAAUAUAUUGUUUGGUGAACACAUGGUUAGGGAAAGGUAUGAGAAGGUACUUGACGCAUGUUCCCUGAAGAAAGAUCUCGAAAUCCUGUCAUUUGGUGAUCAGACGGUUAUAGGCGAGCGAGGAAUUAAUUUGAGUGGUGGACAGAAACAAAGAAUACAAAUUGCUCGUGCUCUUUAUCAAGAUGCUGAUAUAUAUCUAUUUGAUGAUCCUUUUAGUGCUGUGGAUGCUCAUACAGGAUCUCACCUUUUUAAGGAAUGCUUGCUGGGUGCUUUAAGUUCAAAAACAGUUGUUUAUGUUACUCAUCAAGUGGAGUUCUUACCUGCUGCUGACCUUAUAUUGGUCAUGAAAGAUGGAAAAAUUACUCAAAGUGGAAAGUAUGUCGAGCUUGUUAACAUUGCAACCGAUUUUAUGGAACUUAUUGGGGCACACAGAGAAGCUUUGUCUACACUUGAAUCAUUUGAUGGAGGAAAAACAUCUAAUGAAAAAAGUACAUUAGAACAAGAAGUAAAUAUCUCUGAUAUUCGUGAAGAGGCAAACAAAGAAGUGAAAAAUGGUAAAGCAGAUGAUAAAGGUGAACCGAAAGGCCAACUUGUUAAAGAAGAAGAAAGGGAGAAAGGUAAAGUUGGGUUUUCAGUCUAUUGGAAGUAUAUCACAACUGCAUAUGGAGGAGUUUUCGUACCGUUCAUAUUAUUAGCUCAGAUUCUUUACAAAACUCUUCUAAUUGGAAGCGACUAUUGGAUUAUGUUGAAAACUCCCAUAUCAGCAGAUGUGAAGCCACCUGUUGAAGAAACGACUCUUAUUGAAGUCUAUGUUGGUUUGGCCAUAGGAAGUUCUUUAUGCGCUCUUGUUAUAGAAUUGUUACUUGUUAUAGUUGGUUAUAAGACAGCUACUAUACUCUUCAAUAAAAUGCACUUGUGCAUCUUUCGCGCCCCCAUGUCAUUUUUCGAUUCUACUCCAAGUGGAAGAAUCCUUAAUAGAGCUUCUACUGACCAAAGUUCAGUGGAUACAACCAUUCCUUAUCGAAUUGGCUCAUUUUCCUUUAUUGUGAUCUCGCUUCUGGGAACUAUAGCAGUGAUAUCUGAGGUUGCAUGGCAAGUUUUCAUUGUCUUUGUACCCGUGAUGGCAGUCAGCAUUUGGUAUCAGCAAUAUUAUUUACCAUCAGCCCGUGAACUGUCACGUUUAAUUGGAAUAUGCAGAGCCCCGAUGAUUCAAUACUUUGAGGAAACAAUUUCAGGUACUUCAACCAUUAGAAGCUUUGAUCAACAGUCAAGAUUUCAUGAAACAAAUAUGAAAUUGUCUGACGAGUUUUUUCGACCAAUGUUCAACAUCGCUGCUGCUAUGGAGUGGUUAUCUUUCCGCAUAGAUAUUUUAUCUUCCAUCAUAUUUGCCUUUUCCUUGAUAUUCUUGAUAUCGAUUCCACCUGGAAUCAUAAAUCCAAGCAUUGCUGGUCUAGCUGUUACUUAUGGUCUAACUUUAAACAUGGUACAAUCUGUGGCGAUAUGGAAUCUUGGUAACUUGGAGAGCAAUAUUAUAUCGGUAGAAAGGAUCCUUCAAUAUACAACCAUUCUUAGUGAGCCUCCCCUUGUUUUAGAAGAAGAAAAUAGACCAGAUCCUUCUUGGCCUGCAUACGGCAAAGUUGAUCUACGGAACUUGCAGGUACGAUAUGCUGCUCAUCUUCCGCUUGUGUUGCGUGGCCUGACAUGCACAUUUCAUGGAGGAUUGAAAACUGGCAUUGUUGGUAGAACAGGUAGCGGCAAAUCAACUCUUAUACAAACACUUUUCCGACUCAUUGAACCUACUGCUGGGGAAGUUAUCAUUGACAGCAUCAACAUCUCUUCAAUCGGACUGCAUGAUUUGAGGUCUCGACUAAGCAUUAUUCCGCAAGAUCCAACAAUGUUUGAGGGGACGGUGAGAAGUAAUUUGGACCCCCUUGAAGAGUACACUGAUGAACAAAUAUGGGAGGCAUUGGAUAAGUGUCAACUCGGAGAUGAAGUUAGAAAGAAAGGAAAGCUUGACUCUUCAGUUAGUGAAAAUGGUGAGAAUUGGAGCAUGGGUCAGAGGCAGUUGGUUUGCCUAGGUAGGGUUCUAUUAAAGAAGAACAAGAUUUUGGUGCUUGAUGAAGCCACUGCAUCAGUUGAUACAGCUACAGAUAAUUUGAUUCAACAAACUCUUAGGGAACAUUUCACAGACUCUACUGUCAUUACCAUUGCACACCGAAUAACUUCUGUUCUUGACAGUGAUAUGGUUCUACUUCUUAGUCAAGGACUUAUUGAGGAGUAUGACUCCCCAACCACAUUGCUCGAGGAUAAGUCAUCAUCUUUUGCUAAGCUUGUUGCAGAGUAUACCAUGAGAUCCAACUCAAAAUUUAGAGAAAUUUGUUGAUCAGUACCGUCCGAAAUAAAAGUUUCUUGUUGAAGAUGAAAAUUUUGGGGGAAGAAGGGGGAAGUAUCUUAUUAGUAGGGUUUGUAAUUCUUCUUCCAUUAAGCAUGUUUGAUAGAAAAAUCCAAUAGGGAAGAAUUACAGAAUGAAACUAAAUCCAAUUACUUUAAAUGCAUUAAUUGAUGGUAUGGUUAUGAUAGUUGCUAAGGCAUCAAUGCAAUAAUUAGCUUCACAAUAGGUGUAACAGACCUUCAAUUUCCUCAAGAAUAAAGCUCAACCUAUGUAUUUAGAAA